AUGGCUUUCUGCUUUCAACUUCAGUCUAAUCGUUCUCCCAUUUUUUCGAAUUUCAUCAUUUUCUUAAUCCUGUUGGUGCUACCAUUUGCAAGUUCAGUUUUUUUCAAUUACAAGAAUUUCCCAACAAACACUCCCCGUAUAAUAUUUGAAGGAGAUGCGUUUCCAUCUAACGAUGUUCUUCAACUGACCAAGAAUCAAGCUGAUGCCAAUCUCACAAGAAGUGCUGGCCGUGCCACUUAUAGCCAACCUGUGAUUAUUUGGGAUGCCAAGACUCGGAGGCUUACAGAUUUCACAACCCACUUCUCAUUUAUUAUUAGGGCGCUUGAUCCUUCUAAUUAUGGCGACGGUAUAACUUUUUUCUUUGCUCCGUUUGACUCAAUAAUUCCUGACAACUCAACUGGUGGAUAUCUGGCUUUGUUAAGUCCCGAAACUGCGAGACUUAACAGUUCCAAGCAAAUUGUUGCGGUCGAGUUUGACACGUUUCAAAAUUCAUGGGAUCCGAGCUCUGAUCAUGUUGGAAUCAAUAUUAAUUCCAUUGUCUCAGUAGCGACUGUCAACUGGAACAUCACGAUGAAGAAUGGAUCAAGGGCUAAUGCUUGGGUAAGUUACGACUCCAGUACACAAAAUUUAAGUGUAUUUCUAACUUAUGCAGAUAAACCUGUUUUCAUGGGGAAUUCUAGUCUUUGGUAUAUUGUUGAUUUGAGGAAAGUUCUCCCAGAACGAGUUAAGGUAGGCUUCUCUGCAUCUACAAGUGAGGUUGUUGAAAUACAUAAUAUAAUUUCUUGGACUUUUAGUUCAAACUUGGAUGAGAAUAAAGGAACCAAUGUUGGAUUGAUUGUUGGUUCAACUGUUGGCAUUGUCGCUUUAAUAUGUGGAUUGGGUACGAUUUUGUUCCUGUGCUGGAGAAAGAGGGCAGCUGUGAAUAAGGAAGAUGAGACCAUUGAUGAAGCUAUAGAAGACGAAUUCGGAAAGGGGACUGGACCUAAAAGGUUCACUUAUCGUGAACUAAGCCGAGCAACAAACAACUUUGCAGAGGGAGGCAAGUUAGGGGAGGGAGGAUUUGGAGGUGUUUAUAAAGGUUUAUUGAGCCAUCAGAACACAGAAGUGGCUGUUAAGAGGGUCUCAAGAGGAUCAAAACAAGGGAAAAAGGAAUACAUUUCAGAAGUGAGGAUCAUUAGUCGUUUGAGACAUAGAAAUUUGGUUCAACUGUUUGGUUGGUGUCACCAACAAGGAGAAUUCCUUCUUGUCUAUGAAUUUAUGCCAAACGGAAGCCUUGAUGCCCACCUCUUCGGACCAAAGGCCAGGCUUUCUUGGGCUGUACGUUACAAAAUAGCCCUUGGUUUGGCUUCUGCUUUGCUAUAUCUUCACGAAGAGUGGGAACAAUGUGUUGUGCACAGAGAUAUCAAGUCUAGCAAUGUCAUGUUGGAUUCCAAUUUCAACGCCAAAUUAGGCGAUUUCGGUCUCGCAAGACUUGUAGAUCAUGAUUUGGGCUCGCAGACAACAGUUUUGGCCGGCACCAUGGGCUAUCUCGCACCGGAAUGUGUCACAACCGGCAAGGCUAGUAAAGAGUCGGACGUUUAUAGUUUUGGCGUUGUCGCCCUUGAAAUCACAUGUGGAAGAAGGCCAGUUGAAACAAGGGAAGAGCCGAGUAAAGUAAGGCUGGUGGAGUGGGUCUGGGACCUCUACGGCAAAAGCCAACUUCUUGAUGCUGCGGACAAGAGAUUAAUGAAAGAUUUCCAUGAGAGGCAAAUGGAGUAUUUGAUGAUAAUUGGGCUAUGGUGUUGCCAUCCUGACUACACUCUUCGUCCAUCCAUAAGACAAGUCAUAAAUGUGCUUAACUUUGAGGCUCCAUUGCCAAACCUUCCUUCAAAGUUGCCCGUGCCAAUGUAUUAUGCACCGCCCAUGGAUAUGUGUAAGUUCUCCUACACUUCUUCCGGCAUCACACAAUCUUCAGCUAACAGUUACUCUACAAAUUCAUCAACAUCAGCUUGCUCAACAACCGCCCUUCUGAAAUCUAGAAACGCCGAUACUUGAUUCCGGCAUAUAACAUCGGCCUUUCUUUCAUGUAUUAUACUAA